GGGUCACCACCCCAAUCCUCUUGCUCUCUUGAGACAAAAUAAUUGGGACUUGUACGUUCAUUUCCUUGCAAAUAGGAAAGAAAAGAGUAGGGGACUUCGAGUUUUCAAUGGAGAAGAAGAGCCGUGUUUGUGUGACAGGAGCUGCAGGCUACAUCGGCUCUUGGCUUUGCAAGAAGCUCCUUGAGAAAGGGCAUACUGUACAUGCAACCUUAAGGAACCCUGAUGACCCAUCAAAGACAGGACUUCUCAAGAGCCUUCCUAAUGCAAGCACCGGGCUGGUUUUGUUCCGAGCCGAUAUUUAUAGCCCCGAAGAGUUCGAGCCGGCGAUACGUGGAUGCGAGUUUGUUUUUCAUAUAGCCAACCCCUUUUUCCCUGACACCAACAAUUCUAAGUAUGAGAACCUAUGGGAAGUAGUGGUUGCUGGGGCGAAGACCAUUUUAGAGUAUUGCAUAAGAUCAGGGACGGUGAAGCGAUUCAUCUACACCGCCUCCGUAACAGCGGCAUCACCAUUGAAAGAAGACAGCAGUGGCUUCAAAGACUCCAUCGAUGAAUCUUGUUGGACACCUCUCCAUCUCUCAUUUGCCUACUGCACCAGUCUAGAGCUGGGAUACAUAUAUUCAAAGACGCUAUCGGAGAAAGAGGCACUGAUGUAUAGUAACAAAGAGGAGGGUGGAUUCGAGGUGGUAACCCUUGCAUGCGGCUUGGUUUCAGGAGACACACUUCUCUCCUACAUACCUCCGAGCAUGGAAGUAGCGAUAUCACCACUCACAGGAAACAUCAAUAGCUAUAGACAGCUACAAUUUCUGCGGGGAUUGGUGGGUUCAGUUCCUUCGGUACACAUUGAUGAUGUUUGUGAAGCCCAUGUCUUCUGCAUGGAGCAAUCUUCCAUGAGUGGUAGAUUUCUAUGUGCAUGUUCCUACCCAACAGUGGCAGAGAUCUCAAAAUACUACAAGGACAACUGCAAAGAAUUCAUCAUACCAGAAGGGUUGCAACAAGGACCUGAGAGGGGAGUUGGAUGUGGGUUUUGAAUAUAAAUAUGAUUUGAAGAAGAUAUUGGACAACAAUGUGGAGUGUGCAAGGAAGAUGGGUGUUUUGAAAUGACUAGUAGCCUCCUCAAGAACUUCUUUGGAUUUCGUUGUUUCUAAAUUGUUGCCUAUUUACUAUUACAUUGAUGAUCCCGUUUAGGUAUUUCACACGUGUUA